AUGCCUGGGAGUUUGGAGCCAUUGGAUGUGGGCGUGCAGAUCCCAUACCAUUUUCGGUGCCCGAUUUCGCUUGAGCUGAUGCGUGAUCCGGUGACUGUUUGCACGGGCCAGACGUAUGAUCGAACCAGUAUUGAGUCGUGGGUGGCUACAGGAAAUACGACGUGCCCAGUCACACGCUUGCCGUUGACGGAUUUCACUCUCAUUCCGAAUCAUACUCUCCGGCGGCUUAUUCAGGACUGGUGCGUUGCCAACCAGUCUUUUGGUGUUGAGAGAAUUCCUACCCCGAAACAGCCUGCGGAUCCGACAAUGGUGAGGAAUUUGUUGAAUAAGGCAUCUUCUGAGUCGACGCCGUUUGGCUUGAGAUUGUCGGCUUUGAGGAGACUCAGAGGACUCGCGCGUGACUCAGAUAAGAAUCGAUCCGUCAUUGCGGCGAAUAACGCACGUGAGAUUCUUCUCGCUAUUGCAUUUUCCGAUUUGGAUUCGGAUUCGAAUUUUUCCGAAUUAAGCCACGAGUCUGUCGCGAUUUUGUCCCUGUUUUUGCUUUCGGAGCCGGAGUGUCUGUUUGUGGCAGCCGAUCCCGACCGAGUUGGAUACCUUGUAAAUUUACUGUUUCAUUCUUCGGUUGAAGUCCGAGUCAACUCGGCGGCAUUGAUUGAGAUUGUCGUCGCCGGGAUAAGGUCCCCGGAUCUCCGAGCACAAAUCAGUAAUGCUCCCGGAAUUUUCGAUGGUAUCGUUGGAAUAUUGAACUUUCCGUUAGCAUAUCCAAAGGCAUUGAAAAUUGGAAUCAAGGCAUUGUUCGCCUUGUGCUUGGUGAAGCAACACCGGCACAAGGCGGUGGCGGCUGGAGCGGUGGAGGCUCUGAUUGAGCGCCUGGGGGAAUUCGAGAAAUGCGAUUCCGAGAGAGCACUUGCCUCAGUUGAACUACUCUGCCGGAUUCCAUCAGGUUGCGCCGCAUUCGCAGCCCAUUCGCUGACAGUACCGAUUCUGGUGAAAAUCAUUCUAAAGAUCUCCGACCGAGCAACCGAGUACGCAGCCGGAGCAUUGCUCUCGCUCUGCUCUGCCUCCGAGUUGACUCAGCGUGAAGCGGUGGCUGCCGGCGUGUUGACUAAGCUGUUAUUGCUUGUUCAGAGUGAUUGUACAGAGAGAGCAAAGCGUAAAGCGCAAAUGCUCCUGAAAUUGUUGCGGGAUUCAUGGCCGGAGGACUCAAUUGCAAAUUCUGAUGAUUUUGCUUGCAGCGACGUCGUUCCGUUUUGA